GCAGUCAACAUACUUUUUGGAGGCUAUUCUAAAAAAUAUCUGGCAACUACUGGUCGCUCAACCAUUUCCCUCGUGUUUCAGCGAAAUUAUUACCAAUAAAUAUAUUAUAAAGAUGAAUCCAGAAAAAUUAAGUAAACUCCAAGCCCAAGUACGCAUAGGAGGCAAGGGCACUGCUCGAAGGAAGAAGAAGGUGGUACACAGAACAGCUACCACAGAUGAUAAAAAAUUACAGAGUUCUCUUAAAAAAUUAGCUGUUAAUAAUAUUCCUGGUAUUGAGGAAGUAAAUAUGAUAAAAGAUGAUGGGUCCGUAAUUCAUUUCAACAAUCCUAAAGUUCAAGCAUCAUUGGCGGCUAAUACUUUUGCCAUUACUGGCCAUGCUGAACCCAAACAGAUAACAGAAAUGCUUCCUGGAAUUCUGAACCAACUGGGAGCUGAAAGUCUGACACAUCUGAAACGACUUGCAACUAUGCAAAAUGCAACAGAUCUUCUUUCAGGGCCUAUUUCUGAACAAACAAAUAGUGGAGUUGAUGAGGAAGAGGAUGAAGAAGUGCCAGAUUUGGUUGAAAAUUUCGAUGAACCUUCCAAGGCCGAAGGUGUGUAAAAUAGUAGAAAUAAAGAAGAUAUCCUGCAUUAACAACCAUGUAUUUUUAUUUGGUCAUGGUUACACAACCAUUGCCUUGUUUUCAAAAUUCAUGUAUCAAACUGUGCGUAGUAAAAACAAUGUUUGUAUGA